AGAGCCGGACACGACUGAGCGACUUCACUUUCUGUCUUUCCCUUUCUCCUUUAACGUUAAAUUUGUUAGAACGCAAUUUUGUCUAUUUGAACCAGGGACUGACUGAUCUUUGGCUUUCUCUCAGGGUUUUGGGGAUUGAGUUUUCUGUUACGAGCUGCAUAUAGAUCAGCUAACUCCUGAGGGCAUGCAAGCCUGGUUAUAAAGCACGACCUCUGCAUUCCCGGGGAGCCCGCGGGAAACCAGGUGAAAAAACAGAGGGCUAUGUCCUUGCAAUUCAAAGUGUGUUCCGAGGGUCAGCAGCAUCACCUGGGAGCUUCCUAAAAACGGCGUCGGGGACAUAGACCCAGACCAAUUCACUAAGAAUCUGCAUUUUAACAAGAUGCCGGGGGUGGGGGCCGGGAGUACGCCAAGUCCACGUUUGAGAAGCGCCGGCCUAUAUACUUCGGCGGGUAAUGUAUGAGCAAAAUCUCAAGGAACUACAGAGACUAGGCGGAGGGAGCCACUUAUUCCUCUUCCAGGACUGGGGUCCUUUCAUAGAGAGUCGCAGCGGCGGGAGGCUGGCGGGCCCAGGUGCCGGACUAGGUCACGGCAGCCCCGCCUGCCCGCCCCGCCUCCCUCCCGGGUUUCUGCCCGGCGCUCGGUUGCUGUGGCAGCGCGGGACGCCGCCAGAACCCCGGCGGCCGCGGUCUCCACCUCCUUCCUCGGAGGCCUCCGCGGGACCCCGGCUCGGGCUCAGCCCGCGCUCCGCCAUGCCCCGGGGGAGGCGCGGGGGCCGGGUGGGCGCCCUGGAGGGCGGCCGGGAGGAGGAGGCGCCCCCGGCGGCGGUUGCCGUGCGGUCGGCGCAGUGGGCGUCCGGGCAGCAGCCCGAGGCGGCGGCCGAGCUGAUUCUGCUCCGGGGCAUCUUCGAGAUCGGGAGGGACAGCUGCGACGUGGUGCUGAGCGAGCGGGCCCUGAGGUGGCAGCCCAUCCGACCCGAGCGUCUCACAGGUGAUUCCAAGUAUGAUUUUCUACAUAAAGAAGAAUUUGUUGAACUCAAGGACAUAUUCUCUGUCAAACUGAAACGGCGUUGUUCAAUUAAACAGCAGAGAAGUGGUACUUUAUUAGGAAUCACUCUCUUCAUAUGUUUGAAAAAGGAACAAAAUAAAUUAAAGGAUUCUACACUUGAUCUUAUUAAUUUAAGUGAAGACCACUGUGACAUAUGGUUUAGACAGUUCAAGAAAAUUUUGGCAGGUUUUUCAAACAGACCAAAGUCAUUAAAAAUACUCCUUAACCCCCAAAGCCACAAAAAAGAAGCUACUCAGGUCUAUUAUGAAAAGGUUGAACCACUGUUGAAGAUUGCAGGAAUAAAGACUGACGUAACAAUAACAGAAUAUGAAGGGCAUGCCCUGUCACUACUCAAAGAAUGUGAACUACAGGGAUUUGAUGGUGUGGUAUGUGUUGGUGGAGAUGGAUCUGCCAGUGAAGUAGCCCAUGCUUUGCUUCUUAGAGCCCAGAAGAAUGCGGGCUUGGAAACAGACAGCAUCCUGACUCCUGUCAGAGCGCAGCUUCCGCUUGGUGUGAUACCAGCAGGAUCUACUAAUGUAUUGGCACAUUCUCUCCAUGGAGUUUCUCAUGUGGUAACUGCAACUUUGCACAUUAUAAUGGGGUAUGUACAGCCGGUCGACGUCUGUACCUUCAGCACCAUUGGCAAGUUUCUUCGCUUUGGGUUCUCAGCCAUGUUUGGCUUUGGUGGAAGAGCUUUGGCUGUGGCAGAAAAUCAUCGAUGGAUGUCCCCUAACCAGCGGAUGGAUUUUGCUAUCAUGAAGGCACUGGCAAAACUAAAGCCAGAAGAAUGUGAAAUAUCAUUUUUACCAUUUAACAGCUCUCAGGAUUUAGAAGAAAGGAGGGCACAAGGAUAUCCCAAAUCUGAUUGUAAUGAUCAGUGGCAAAUGAUCCAGGGUCAGUUCUUGAAUGUCAGCAUUAUGGCAAUUCCAUGCCAGUGUUCAGUGGCACCUAGAGGCUUGGCACCUAAUACCAGAUUAAAUAAUGGAAGCAUGGCUCUUAUAACUGCACGAAACACUUCUCGACCGGAAUUUAUAAAACACCUGAAAAGAUAUGCAAGUAUUAAAAACCAGUUCAAUUUUCCAUUUGUUGAUACUUAUACUGUUGAAGAAGUAAAAGUUUGCCCAAAGAGUAACAGCAGUGGACACCAUCCAGAGGAAGGUCAUGGACCACACGAAACUGCUUCAGGAAACUGUUUCCCUUGGAAUGUAGAUGGUGAUUUAAUGCAAGUUGCAUCAGAGGUCCAUGUUAGAGUACACCCAAGACUUAUCAAUCUUUAUGGAAGAAGCAUGGAAGAAAUGAAUGAUUCCAAAGUAACAUGUAGUUGUUUAUAAGAGGAAUGUGGAAGCUAGAAUUUUAAUAUGAAAGGAUAUGUUAUAUUUUAAUUAAUCAGAUAUUUUAAUAAGGAAAAAAAUCUCUAUUUUGAAAAGAAAUUAAAAUUGCUAUUUUUUGUUACUAAAAUUAGCUUCUAAACUUAAAAAUAUA